AUGUUAGCUGAAAUUAUUUCUGAAGAUAUCAGUGAAAUCUUAUAUAAAAUUUGUGAUGAUAGUAUUAGACCAAGACAUUUCCUUAAUACAGACAAUGCAGAUGAAAUAAAAGCCAUACUCUCAGAUUAUAAAGAAUAUUCCUUACACAAAUUUAUUGAUGAAGAUGAACCACUUCAUCCUAUCAUAGAUUUUGAUUUACCAAUAGAAACGCUAAUGCUAUAA